AUGGCGCUUGAUGAAGGUAAUCGAUAUGAUAAAGUGCUUGGUGAGAAGGUGGCGAAUAAGGCGAAAGGAUUGGUGUUGAAAUAUUUUAGCAAUAAAAAAUUGAAUUUUGAAAAUGAAUCUACAAGUACUACAAGGUCCAACGAGCUACAGAACAAUUUCAAUUUGAAAAAUAUGGACAAGUUGGAGUUUUUCUCGAAUUUCGAUGCUGAAAUUCAGAGUCCGCCGGUCAAAUCGCCCGAAAUGGAAGACACUGAGUUCCUCGCCGAAUCCAAUGAAUUGGCUGUGCCGUUAACAAAACUCGAUCCGAAAUUGGAGCAUUCGACGACAUUCCUCGUUCUCGCCACACUCAAUAUUGCAUUGGUUCUUGAUUUUCCGUUCAUCAUGAUGAGAUAUGGUGGAUGGAUCUUCCUGGUUCCAUUCACAGUUUGCACGAUAUUCUUAACGAUUCCCAUCAGUUUGUAUCAGCAUUUCCUCGGACAAUUCACAUCGCUUCCCCCAAUAUUAAUAUUUUUUCGAAUGGCGCCGAUUUUGGGCGGAAUCGGAGCGUGGCUCACUUAUUUGCAAAUUUUGACGGCUAUGACUUACAAAUAUGAUCAUAAAUUUGCCUCAAUUAUUGUGGAAUUCGUUUAUGAGCUGAUGGUUGAUAAGAGGAAGCCGUUCAAGAAAAUCUCGAGAUUCGGCUUUUUCGAGAAUACCGUCCCUUCGAUUUGUCCCGAGGGAACCUAUUUUGUUCAAGGAUUGUGCAUUGAUACGCUCUCGCCCUCAUUUUAUAGUUUCGAAAUGUACGCGAAAAAAUUGAUGAUCGAAAUGGUGCAAAAAGAAUCGGCGUUGGUGGAAGCAAUUCAGCGAGACAUCGAGCCCGAGCGAAUUUUCGAUCCGCUUUAUGAGAAUGCGCAUAUCAAUACGGCAAUAUUUAUCACCGCCUCCAUUGGAUUCAUCGCCGCAGUUCACGGAAUCAAUAAUUUUGCGUUGAAAUUUCGCUAUAUCGUCGCUUUUCUUAUAACUGGCUAUUGCACUGCAAUCUUUUGCCUAGUCACAUUAAAAUAUCGCACCGAAUCGUAUCAAUUCUUCGACGUUGUUGGAUUUGACACUUCUCACCUAUUCAAAUUUAAAACAUGGAGUGUGGCUGCCGUAAUGUCGUUUCUUAUGUUCUCCGUCACCGAUGGAAGCAUGUACUCGUUGGGAAUGGUGUGCACGUAUCGGUCAAACUUCAUAAAAAAUUUGUUUGCUGAAUACGUUGUUUCCUACUUUGCGAUGUUCAUUAUCAUGAUCCCAAUGGGAAUCACAGCGGUGAUCGGCGUCAAAAUGAGCGCGUAUGAGUUGGAGCAGCGCGACUUGUCGAUUGCCGAUAUUCGAAAUCAUAUUUACAACGAUAUUGACAUUUUCAAUCACAUGUUCAAAUUUUUCCAUAAAAGUCUUCAACUCAACUUGAGUCUUUUGAUGUUUUGCUUCUCGGUCAUUUUUUGGCAGACAUUCAAUAUGAUUCUCAACUCGGAGACCAGUAUAUGUUUAAUGUAUCGAACGUUCAAAGGGCUUGUGCGAUACCCGGAAUUUAUUGUUCGCUACAUCUCGCUGUCGCUUUAUUUCGCAUUGGUUAUAAGCUUUCAUGUGAUUUUUGUGAAUCCUAAAUUUCAAAAUAAUUAUGCGCGAGAUUUGAUAUUUGCUGCGCCAUACAUCAUCUUCGCCCAGUUAUUCAGCGCUCUCAUCCUCACUGUCAAUCGGUUUUAUCCGUGCGUCUGCUCAGUUUUAAAGAAAUAUCGCUCGAAAAUUAUGAGAUAUCGAUACGCGUUGGUGUUUUAUUUCCAGAUCAUUCUACCGAUUGUCCUAUUCGGAUUAACUACUUUCGAUCAUCUUUCGUUUAAUAUCGUUGGAGUUCGCUCGUAUGUUGCCCAAAUUAUUUAUUUUGGGCUCACGCUUGGCUUUUUAAUGGUGACUGGAAAUCCGUGGGACGCAUUCAAACCGACGUCGAAAUGGGGCCCGCACAUGAUUUACGAUCGCAUGGAUCAUUUACAAGAGGAACGUGCUCUUACUUCCUGCGAUAACACGAAAGUUGGAUUCUUUAGACUCCCUGAAUAA